GAGAGAGAGAGAGAGGGAGGGAAGGGAACCGCACAGGACCGUACGCCGGCGGCGGCGCAGGAGGCGCUUACAUGGGAGUAGAGGCGGGCGGGUGCGGGCGGAGGGCGGUCGUCACCGGGUUCUACGUCUGGGGCUGGGAGUUCCUAACCGCCCUCCUGCUCUUCUCGGCCGCCGCCGCGUCCUGCUAGAGCGCCAGCAGCUCCCGGCCAUCAGCAACCUUUUAGCUUCUUCUUUCCAUAGAUAGGCAAGCCGUGCACACAAGUGAUCGGUUACUAGUUAGCAGCAGGCAGCCGAGGGAGGGUACAAUACAAGUAUAGGCGAGCGAGGUUCGUGUGACCAGAAGCAGGCCGCUAACAAGGCGGGCCCCGGCUGCAGGGAUGGAAUCGGAAGCGGAGGCCGCGGCGGCGGGGCAGCCGGCGUCGUCGAGGCAGAGGGCGGCCGGCGGGCCCGCGCCGUUCCUGACCAAGACGCACCAGAUGGUGGAGGAGGCGUCGACGGACGAGGUGAUCUCGUGGGCGGAGCAGGGGCGGUCCUUCGUGGUGUGGAAGCCCGUGGACCUGGCGCGCGACCUCCUCCCGCUCCACUUCAAGCACUGCAACUUCUCCUCCUUCGUCCGCCAGCUCAACACCUACGGUUUCCGGAAGGUGGUGCCGGACCGGUGGGAGUUCGCGAACGACAACUUCCGGCGCGGCGAGCAAGCCCUCCUGUCCGGCAUCCGUCGCCGCAAGUCCACCACGCCGCAGCCCUCCAAGUCCGGCGGCGGCAGCGCCGUCGUGAACGUCGCGUUCCCGCCGCCGCUGCCCCCCGCGUCGGGCACCACGUCCGGCGGCGGCAACGAGCGCAGCUCCUCCUCGGCGUCGUCGCCGCCGCUGGCCGACCUCACCAGCGAGAACGAGCAGCUCAAGAAGGACAACCGCACGCUGGCGACCGAGCUGGCGCAGGCGCGCCGGCAGUGUGAGGAGCUGCUGGGCUUCCUCUCGCGGUUCCUCGACGUCCGCCAGCUCGACCUUGGGCUCCUCAUGCAGGAGGACGUCCGGGCGGCGGCCGGGGACGCGCACCACCACCACCAGCAGCGCCGCGCGGCGGCCGACCCGCUGGAGCGCGGCGGCGAGGAGGGGAAGAGCGUGAAGCUCUUCGGCGUUCUCCUCCAGGACGCCGCGAGGAAGAGGGGCCGGUGCGAGGAGGCGGCGGCCACCGAGCGGCCCAUCAAGAUGAUCAGGGUCGGCGAGCCGUGGGUCGGCGUGCCGUCGUCGGGCCUGGGCCGGUUCGGCGGUGAGAACUAAAAAGUCUGGCCUGCAACUGAUGCGCGCCAUGGCCGGCCGUCACAUUGCCGGCUUUACGGCGAGCGCGUGCCAUGUAUCGUGCAAGCUGAGGUUGAUGGUAACGGUAAUUCCAUCGAUGAACCAAGUAAAACUGUAAAUGCAGAACACAAGACACCGGAGACUCGCGUAAGGCGUGUUAAGAAUUAAUCAUGGAAUGCUUUAGGGAUAGGAAGAUUGAAAGUAGUAGAGAAGAGUAAAAGGGCUACAACGAGCCCCGUGUGUUCAGAAUGGAACAUUAUCAUUUCCAACUAAGAAACCCAUGAUUUCUUGUUUACAACUUAAUAGUGAUUCUGGUUUAUUCUUA